AUGUUUAUACAUUGAAAGAGAGAGAGAAAAAACAUAACCAAAACGUGUUGUCGUUAUUAGUGUUGUUGUUGUUUGGGAUCAAUUCUUCUUGUGUGUCAUCAAUUGGUAACCGAAAGAGAGAGAGAGAGACAGACAACAGACAGACAGAGAAAUGGACAGCAAAUCGCUGUCAAAACGCCGACGAAAUGAUGACAAGUCCUCAUCGGCUUCGGCGUCGUCCUCAUCGUCAUUGUCAUCAACGACGGCGGCCAACAAAUUGAAAACUGAAGACAACAAUCAUAAUCACAGCCAUAGCCAUAGCCACAGCCACUACAACAAGAAAGAUGUUAAACAAGAAGAUGAAGCAGAAGAUGAAGACAACGGCGGCGUUGACGGCGGCAAUCAAUCAGCGGUUUUCAAGAAACCAUUGAAAAAACGUGAACCGCUAUCCCUGGAGGAACUGAAGGCUAAGUUGGCGGCCGAAGAAGCGGCCAAAUCGAAGCCAAUAUUUCUGACACGUGAACAGAGAGCCGAAGAAGCCGUAAAACGCCGCCAGAAACAAGUCGAAGAACAAAGGCGUCGUAUGGAUGACGACCGUAAAAAGCGAUUGCAGUUUAUCGAAGAAGCAAAGAAACAGUCCCGGGAUAGGGAUCGGGACGAUCGUGACGGUGGUGGUGGUGGUGGUGGUCGAGAUCGGGAUCGGGAUAGGGAUCGUGAACGAGACCGACGCCAGAGACUACGUGACGAUAGAGAGCAGCGCGAUAGGGAUCGGGACAGAGAUCGCGGCGGCAGUGAUCGGGAUCGGGAUAGAGGUGGAGGAGAUCGUGACAGAGAUCGUGGCAGAGAUGAUAAACAUAGAGAUGAUAGCAACAACAGAGGAGGAGGUGGUGGAGGAGGAGUAGAUGAUGACAAAGACACCGAAAUGAGUAGCGAAAAGACAAAAGAAAAAGAAGGCGAAGCCAUACGCGAAAGAUAUUUAGGUAUUAUGAAACGUAAACGUCGAGUCAGACGACUGAACGAACGUAAGUUUGUCUUCGAUUGGGACGCCGGCGAAGACACAUCCAAUGACUACAAUAUCCUAUACAAAGAUCGUCAUACCAUACAGUUUUACGGUAGAGGACAUGUUGCUGGGAUUGAUAUCAAAUCACAGAAAAAGGAACAAGGUAAAUUCUAUGGGGAACUACUUGAGCGGCGUCGGACUAAUGCCGAAAAAGAACAAGAAUUGGUUCGGCUGAAGAAAGUCCAGAACAAAGAAGAUAAACUUAAAUGGGAUGAAAGGCAUUGGACACAGAAGUCCCUCCAGGAGAUGACCGAACGUGAUUGGCGUAUAUUUCGCGAAGACUAUAAUAUUGCCAUCAAAGGAGGCCGUAUACCGAAUCCGUUGCGCAGUUGGCAGGAGACAGAUCUGCCGAAAUCGUUGCGCGAUAUCAUCGAUAAGUGUGGCUAUAAGGAGCCGACACCUAUCCAGCGCCAGGCUAUAACUAUUGGUCUACAAAACCGAGAUAUUAUUGGUGUCGCCGAAACCGGUUCGGGUAAGACACUGGCAUUUCUGAUACCACUUCUGGUUUGGAUUACAUCACUGCCGAAAAUUGAACGCCAAGAGGACAUAGAUCAGGGACCGUACGCCAUAAUUAUGGCGCCGACACGCGAGUUGGCCCAACAAAUCGAAGAGGAAACCAUGAAAUUUGCUACAGCCUUGGAAAUACGUACGGUUGCCGUCAUCGGCGGUAUAUCCCGUGAGGAUCAGGGUUUCAAAUUGCGAUUGGGUGUCGAAAUUGUUAUCGCCACACCCGGCCGAUUGAUCGAUGUCCUCGAAAAUCGUUAUCUAGUACUGUCCCGAUGUACGUACAUUGUACUGGACGAAGCCGAUCGGAUGAUCGAUAUGGGCUUCGAACCGGACGUACAGAAAAUCUUGGAAUAUAUGCCCGUAACUAAUCUGAAACCUGAUACCGAUGAAGCUGAGGAUGAAGUCAAACUGAUGGCCAACUAUAAGUCGAAACACAAGUACAGGCAAACAGUUAUGUUUACGGCAACAAUGCCGCCGGCUAUCGAAAGACUGGCCCGAACUUACUUACGACGUCCGGCAUUCGUCUACAUAGGUUCGGCGGGUAAACCGACCGAACGAACCGAACAAAUGGUUUACGUGUUGACCGAAAACGAGAAACGCAAAAAACUGAUGUCAAUACUCGAAUCGGGUAUCGAACCGCCAGUUAUUAUAUUUGUUAACCAGAAAAAAGGUGCCGAUGUUUUGGCCAAAUCGUUGGACAAAUUGGGUUAUUCGGCCUGUACGCUGCACGGCGGUAAAGGCCAGGAACAACGCGAGUACGCAUUGGCCAGUUUGAAAACGGGUGUCAAAGAUAUACUGGUGGCCACUGAUGUUGCCGGUCGCGGUAUCGACAUCAAAAACGUAUCGCUUGUCAUCAACUACGAUAUGGCCAAAAACAUCGAAGACUAUACCCACCGAAUCGGCCGUACUGGCCGGGCGGGUAAGACCGGUCAGGCCGUAUCGUUUUUGACCAAAGACGACGCCCACUUGUUCUACGAACUCAAGGCUCUCAUACAGGCAUCGCCAGUGUCCACUUGUCCGCCCGAACUGGCCAAUCAUCCCGAUGCCCAACACAAACCGGGAACUGUUGUCCAAAAGAAACGCAAAGAUGAAACUAUUUUUGUCUGAUAUUGCCGUUGUUGGGGCCGUUAUGCGGGUAUCGGGUAUUACCCGUUAUUGUCAUUGACUGUCAAGUGUUAGCCUAUACUUUCAAAUUACCGAUACAAUCAAUUACCGGUAUUUAAUUUUAUGAUUUUUUUUUGGUUACACUAACUAUAAUAAUUAAAUUAUUUUUUUUAAAAAAUAGUUUAAAUAUUUAGUGUAAAAAUU